AUGACGAAUCUCGAUGUUAUAAACACUAGCACUGACACUAGCUCAGGAUCGUCAUCGGACACUAGCAGCAGCGGCAGCUCCACUACAAGUUCGGGGUCUGGUUCCAGCAGCUCUGAUUCCGAUUCAUCGGCGUCUGAUCCCGCUGCGCUUGCUGCCAUCCCUAUCCCAAAGUCCCCCACCAAACCUACUGAGGAACCAAAAAAAAAAGAGGAGCCAAAACCUAGGAGGUCAUCAACUAAACUUAAACCAUCGUCAUCAAGUGAUGAUGAUAUCCCUAAAGUUGCUAGCCCUAAACCCUUACCUCCAAGAAGAAGAUGCUCGGCUAAACCUAAGAAUGCGGCAAGUGUGCUUGCUAAAGGCAAGUCCGUUUCGCGGUCAGCAUUUGGUGCCAAAACACCGAAACCGGUUGCUAAAACUUCAUCUAAACCAGCUGCUAAGUCUGAGAAUGCAUUGAAAAAGAAGAGUAUAUUCUCACCAGAUAAUAGUUCAGAAUCAGAGUCUGAUAGUAAAUCUUCUAAGAAUAGUCCUAAGACAUCACCUCGUCCAAAAAGGGGUUCAAGGAAAUCAAGUGAUGAUAAGGAUACUUCACCGUCAACUGUUACACCAACUGAAAAUGACGAUUCAAAUUCUAAAGACAAUAAUGUGAAGAGAAGAAGUGGCAGUCGUGCUUCAGGGCCUCCCCCAAAGAAGGCAGUGGACGAUAAAAGUGCUUCAUCUUGUACUUCUAGCCAAUCAUCGGUAGAGUCAGUAUCUUCAGACAGUGAUAGUGAACCUACUCCUAAGAAGGAACCUCUAAAAACUGGAAAGACUAAGCCACCUUCUGGGUCAUCAUCCACUACUACUAAGGAAACAACAGGCAAAAGCGGAGAUUCGGGCGAUUCAGGGACAAUGCCUCGCAAGUUGACUCGAUCUUUAUCGGCGCGCGUGUCGCGACUUGCCACAAUCUCGCGUCCCACAAAUACUGAUACAGACUCCGAUGCCGAUGAUAAAACUGAUAAAAGAUCGUCAUCUACCAGUGUGUCGAGUAAAGACACCAAGAAGAGUAUAAAGGCGCGGGCGUUACCCUGUUCACCGAUUGAACUUACUCCACCUGAACCAUCAGAGAGACGAUGCCCAGUAAGAGGCUGCGACUCUAGUGGACACCUUGGUGGUAAAGCCGAGCGUCACUUCACCUGGGAUGCAUGUCCUUUGUACCAUAACGUGACACCGGCAUGGUGCGUGGCCGCGGGCGAGGAGCGUGCAGCCGCCGCAACAGCUAGGCGCAAGGCCCUUCUGGCCAUGCAGCAGCGGCCGAGGGCCAUGCCUACCAUUGAACAGAGGGCUUAUCAACUUAAAGUUAAGAUAUACCGAAAAGAUAAACUAAGCGUGUGGCAAGUGGACGGCCGUAAGCAUAAGCAAUACUGCCAGCAGCUCUGUUUGCUGGCCAAGUUCUUCCUUGACCACAAGACUCUGUACUACGAUGUGGAGCCAUUCCUCUUCUACGUCAUGACCAACGCUGAUGACGAAGGCUGCCAUAUUGUUGGCUAUUUUAGUAAGGAAAAGAACUCGUUCCUGAAUUAUAACGUGUCUUGCAUCCUAACGCUGCCGCCGUACCAGAGACAGGGCUACGGUAGACUGCUUAUUGAUUUCAGUUACCUGCUAACGAAAGUGGAGGGCAAAGUGGGUUCUCCGGAGACGCCUUUGUCGGAUCUUGGGCUGAUCUCAUACCGUUCGUAUUGGAAAGAGGCUUUGUUGAAACGGCUGUGCUCAGCGCCCGGGCCCGCACUUUGCAUCCGCGACUUAAGCAAGGACCUCGCCAUCGCCUCAUCGGAUAUCGUAUCCACACUGCAGGAACGGGGGCUCAUGAAGUACUGGAAGGGCAAGCACAUUGUGCUCAAGAAGCAGGACGUGCUCGAGGACGUGUCGCGGCGGGCGGAGCGCGCGCGCUGCGUGGACGCGCAGUGCCUGCGCUGGGCGCCGCCCGCGCCCGUGAUGACUGACGUCGCGGAGGUGGUAGCGGCGGCGGGGGCGCCAGAUCCGUGCGGAGGCUUCCGCAGGCCUCGCGGCGGAGCGGCGCGCGGCGCUGGCGGGCCGGGCGGGGUCAGCGACCGCCCCCCCGCGCGGCGGCGGGCGCGCCAAUGUCAGGGCCGGUGCAGCCGCGGUCAGCUGACGUCUGGCGGCGCGCGGGGGACGCGAACCAGCCCCGAGGUGCAGUCGACUCCCGAUCCUAUACGGAGACGCACGCCUCUUAGGCGCGCCCCGCGCUAUUAA